GCGGGCUUCUGUCACUGACCUGACACUGUUUCCACAACUCAUCGUCAUUUUGGUCUGCUGUAGAAGUCGGGAUCGUAAUCGCAGUAAAAGAAAGUUUUUUGUCUUGGAAAAAUCGCUUGGAUAUUCGUAAAUUUUCUUUACGUAGUGUGCUGUAAUCGUUAGCAGGAGGAAUAAUGUCGACCGCGGAGAAAAUCGAAGAAACCCCCGUGAAGGCUAAGACCAAGGAGAAGGAGGAGGAAAAAACCGAACUGAGCGAUGAGGAUAAGCAACUCCAGGACGAAUUAAACAUGCUGGUGGAGCGUCUGCAGGAGCCCGCUUCGGAAUUAUACCACCCUGCGUUGGAAGCGAUGGCCAAAUUGAUCAAGGCGUCUACCACAUCGAUGACGUCGGUUCCGAAGCCGUUGAAGUUUAUGAGACAGCACUUUGAAACCAUGAAGGAGAUCCACAAAACGAUGACGGAUACCCUAAAGGACAAAGUAACAACCAAGCUGUGCGCGGAGAUCAUCUCUGUGCUGGCCAUGACAAUGGGAACGGGAAAGGAGUGUUUGGUGUAUCGUUUGCUGUGCGACGACAGCAACGAAAAUAUCGGGGAUUGGGGCCAUGAGUAUGUCCGGCAUUUAAGCGGGGAGAUAGCUUCAAACUGGCCGGAAACAACGGAAGAUUUCAGAAAGCGGCUGAUCUGUUUGAUUCAUCAGAUUAUUCCGUACAAUAUGGCACAUAAUGCGGAGGCGGAGGCAUGCGAUUUGCUGAUGGAGAUCGAACGAUUGGAUCUGCUUGAAGCCUAUGUGGACGAAAGUGCCUACCCUAGAGUAUGCCUUUAUCUGCAAAGCUGUGUUCCAUACGUGCCGGAACCGGAAAAUAUUAGUCUGCUGAAGUGUGCGCUGAAUCUGUCUCGGAAGUUCGCAAUGCACACGCAAGCAAUGCGACUGGCUCUGAUGAUCAACGACGUGCAGCUGAUCCAGGACAUAUUUACCUCGUGCAAUGAUUUGGCGAUUCAGAAGCAACUGGCUUUCAUGUUAGGAAGACAGCAGAUUUUCCUGGAAUUGCCGGAAGGAUCCAACGAUUAUGACGAUUUGAUGGAGAUCAUGUCUAACUCGCAUCUGAAUAACCAUUUCCUUAAUCUGGCCCGUGAGCUGGACAUUAUGGAACCGAAAACGCCGGAAGAUGUUUACAAGUCACAUUUGGAUAAUUCGCGCACGCCUUUCGGCUCGCAAAUUGAUUCGGCACGCCAGAAUUUGGCGGCAAGUUUUGUGAAUGGUUUCGUCAACGCCGGCUUCGGCCAGGACAAACUUUUGAUGGAAGAUGGCAAUAAGUGGCUUUACAAAAACAAAGAGCACGGUAUGCUGAGUGCGACUGCUUCUCUGGGUCUGAUCCUGCUGUGGGAUGUCGAUGGAGGUCUGACACCGAUUGAUAAGUAUCUCUAUUCCAAUGAGGAUUACAUCAAGUCAGGAGCUUUGUUGGCUUGCGGAAUUGUGAAUUGUGGCGUACGGAAUGAAGUUGAUCCGGCUCUUGCCCUUCUGUCUGAUUAUGUUCUCCACCAGAACAGUACUAUGAGAAUCGGAGCUAUCCUUGGUCUAGGGUUGGCUUAUGCCGGUUCGAACAGAUCAGUCGUCUUGGAAUUGAUUGGAUCGGUCUUCAGUUCGGAACGUCGUACCGGUUCGACAAUGGAAGUUAUGGGAAUCGCUGCUUUGUCUCUUGGUAUGAUUGCAGUUGGUUCCUGCAACAGUGAAGUAACUGAAGUUCUUCUGCAAACCAUCAUGGAUCGUUCGGAGUCAGAGCUGAAGGAAACCUACGCUCGCUUCCUCCCGCUUGGUCUGGGUUUGGUCUACCUCGGUCGCCAGGAAGCCGCCGAAGCUGUUAUCGCAGCUCUAGAAAUUAUUCAGGAACCGUUCCGUUCGAUGGCCACCACUAUGGUAGAAAUUUGCGCCUACGCCGGAACCGGAAACGUUCUUAAGAUCCAGCAACUUCUCCAUCUCUGUUCGGAGCACUACGAACCUGCACCCUCGGAAAGUGAGAGCUCCUCAUCUAAGAAGGACGCUGCCGCAGCAGCCCAAAAAGAGAAAGAGGACAAGGAAAAAGAUCUUUCCGCAUGCCAAUCAGUGGCUGUCCUUGGAAUCGCUCUCAUCGCUAUGGGUGAGGAAAUUGGUUCCGAAAUGGCAUUCCGAUCGUUUGGAAAUUUGCUUCGCUACUGCGAGCCGUGCAUCCGUCGAGCCGUUCCACUUGCUCUCGGGUUGAUAUCCGUUUCUAACCCUAAGCUCAACAUCUUGGACACUUUGAGUAAAUUUUCUCACGACAGCGAUGCCGAGGUGGCUCACAAUUCCAUCUUCGCCAUGGGUUUGGUGGGAGCUGGAACGAAUAACGCACGAUUGGCAGCGAUGCUUCGUCAGUUGGCCCAAUACCAUGCCAAGGAUCCCAACAACCUUUUCAUGGUUCGUAUCGCACAGGGUCUGACACAUUUAGGCAAGGGCACACUCACCCUCAGCCCGUACCAUAGCGACCGUCAGCUGAUGAGUCCUGUCGCAGUCGCAGGUCUGAUGGCUACUCUCGUUUCCUUCAUGGAUGUUAAAAACAUUAUUUUGGGCAAAUCGCAUUACCUGCUCUACACGAUGGCAACGGCCAUGCAACCACGAAUGUUGAUCACUUUCACGGAAGAUCUUAGUCCAUGCCCGGUCCCAGUACGCGUCGGUAUGGCGGUCGAUGUCGUGGGCCAGGCCGGAAAACCGAAAACGAUUACCGGCUUCCAGACGCACACCACACCAGUGCUGCUUGCGAUGGGCGAACGCGCCGAACUGGCCACCGAGGAGUACAUCGCACUCACCCCCAUCAUGGAAGGCUUUUGUAUUCUAAGGAAAAAUCCCAACUACGUUCCCUAAGGAGAGGACAGUCAAGACUUGUUCCGAUUGAAUGAUUAUUUUCUAUUCAUACUACUUCUACGAAAUAAUACACAUCAGUAGUUUACUCAUAAAAUAAAUAUCGUGUAUUCUA